AACAAAAAUAAUAGCAUUGUUUUUAGCUCCUCAAAUAAUACAACUAGUGGUGGCUUAUUUAGAAACUCAAACAAUAAUACCGGUGGUUUAGUUGGGAACAAUAACAACAAUUCGGCUUUUGAUUCAUUUGGUAAUAAUAAUAAUAAUAAUAAUAAUAAUAAUAUCGCCUCAAAUAAUUUUUUAAUUGGAAAUCUUUUCAACACAAACAACAAAGCUAAUAAUUCAAAUUCUUUUUCCGCUGGAGGUAGCUUAUUCAAUAAUAACAACCAAAAUAAAGGUGGCCUUUUUAACGACACACAAAAUAAUCAAAAUCUUAAUGGAGGCAUUUUCAAUAACAAUAACAAUAACAAUAUCAUCGAUCUAUUUCAAAAUGGUAAUCUAAAUAACAAUUCCACUAAUUUAAUUAAUAACAAUACUGGUAAUUCCAAUAAUUUAUUUAAUGGUAAUAAUACGAAUAAUAAUGUUAUCUUUGAUAACGGCAAAUUGAAUAAUCUAAUUAAUUGUGAUACCGAUUUGAAUAUUAUAUUGUUGAUCUGCUCAUAG